GGGUUUAGCUUUUCCUUGUUAUUUUACUUAAUUGAUGGAGAAAUCUAGUACUGUAUCAUCAUGUUAAUCACAACCCAUGAUAGAAACCAUUUUCCAUUAAAAAAAAAAAAAAAAAAACCUCCUGAAAAAUCCAAAUCCUGGAAUUCAGUUUCCUUGGGAAAAAAAUGGAAGAGAGGGAGGGAGCAGUAAAGUAUCGUCACUGAAAAGUGUUCAGAAAUACAGAGAAACGAGAAUGGAAGGAGGGGAACAUGUAAAGGAAAAAUGAAAGAAAAAAAAAAGAAAAAAAAGAGCGUUUUGUUUUUGUUUUGGGAUUUUAUGAUGAUUGAUUUAUCUUUUGGAGCACGACAACAAUAUAACGUUUUCUAUAUCCGAAUCUUGUGGGCACCCAUUCAAACUUCGUAAAAAGUCUUCUUGUUAUGAAUAUUAGCUCUCAUUAUUGCUUCAAUUUUAUUAAUAUACUCAUACAUUUUCUCCCCCUAUUUGGAUUUAUAUAUUGGGUUUGUUUUUCAAAUAUGUUUUUGUUGCUUUUAUCAGAUCGUCAAAAGGCUUUUAAUUAUAAUCUCUACUUUUCUUUCUUUCGAUGUAUUGGUUUGUUUGACCUGAGGUUGGAUAUGUGGGUAUGUAUUUGUCACUGCACCAAAACUGACAACUUUAUUUGACAAUUGAGAAUAUAAUUUUAUUUUAUUUUAAUUUUUUUUUCUUUUGGGCGUAGUUGAUUUUUGUGUUGAUAUCGUGGAUAGCUUGAGAUAAAUAGAGAGAUUCUUCUUAUUCAGAGGGUUUUUUUUUUUUCUUUUAAAAUUUUUUUUUUGGGUUUUGUGAUUUUUAAUGCCUUAGGGUUUCCUUUUGUUACUUUACUCCUAUUUCGAGUGUCUCCUGUUUGUGAUUUAGAAGCUACACGCCAAGUUUUCCACAUACGGGUCGUCGGAUUUUCUUGGUUUUCUCAUCUGGGUUGCUGGAAUUUCUCUAUUUCCUCACAAGGGUUGGAUGUUCUCAUCCCUUCUGAUUCCUGUCCGAAAGUGGGGUUUUUUGGACUCUGGAUUUGCAGUUGGGGCUUUCAUGGAAUUGAUUGAGUUCUAGGGCAAGUUUUGAGGAUUGGUUUAAUUUCUUCGGGAGAUUAGUUUCUUUCCUUUCAACGUUUGGUAGUAUGGGGCUUUUGCCCGGUUUUUAAAUCAGUGGAUGUGGAAUCAGGUUAUUGGGUUCUAACUCUUCUGGGAGGAUCCUUUCUGAUUUCCGGGUACACACCAUAAGUAAAGAUGUUGCAUACUCAAGGAAUUUCAAAUCACACUUGUGGUCUCCUUGCAGUCACAUGUGGGAAAACUUCUGAAUGUAAACAGGAGCAUGAAACUUCGAAUGAUCGACCAAGAUACCCUUUUCCUGACUUUGUUUCUUUGGGGCGAUUGGAGGUUCAAACGCUGACCAGUCCGAGUCCUGAUGAGUUUCGUAGAGUUUUUGAAUCAGUUCAGCCAAAUUUUGUGUACUUUCAAGGAGAACAGCUUCAGAAUGAUGAAGUUGGGUCUCUAGUAUGGGGAGGUGUUGAGUUGUCCAGUGCAGAAGAUAUAUGUGGGCUCUUUGGUUCCAAAUUGCCAACCACUGUUUAUAUUGAGAUCCCAAAUGGAGAAAAAUUGGCAGAGGCACUUCACUCUAAGGGAAUCCCAUAUGUGAUAUAUUGGAAGAAUGCAUUUUCUUGUUAUGCAGCUUGCCAUUUUCGUAAUGCAUUAUUUUCAGUGGUACAGAGGUAUGUUGUCAUUUACUUCUCAUCUACUCAUACAUGGGAUGCUUUCCAACUUGCAUAUGCAUCCUUUAGACUUUACUGUGUUCGCAAUAACCAUGUCCUUCCAGCCAACAGCCACAAAGUUAGUGGUAAGUUGGGUCCACGCCUUCUUGGGGACCCUGCAACAAUUGAUGUUCCUCCUCCUGAGGUAGAUGCUGGGGAAGAUGAAGAAGGCUCUCUGGGCACUCUUCCUGCUAUAAAGAUAUAUGAUGAUGAUGUGGGCAUUAGGUUUCUUGUUUGUGGAGAGCCAUGCAUGUUGGAUUCAUGCUUAUUCGAAUCUUUAGAAGAUGGUCUCAAUGCCCUCUUGAGCAUUGAAAUACGCGGGAGCAAACUUCAUAACAGAGUUAGUGCCCCUCCACCACCUCUUCAGGCAGGGACGUUUUCUCGUGGUGUUGUGACCAUGCGAUGUGAUUUAUCAACCUGUAGUUCAGCUCAUAUCUCGCUUCUGGUCUCAGGUAGUGCACAAACUUGCUUUGAUGAUCAGCUCUUGGAGAAUAAUAUAAAGAAGGAAGUCACUGAACAGAGUCAACUAGUUCAUGCACUGCCAUACUCUGAGGGAAACAAGCCACCUUUGUCUGAACCUCGGAGGUCUGCUUCAAUUGCUUGUGGGGCAGCAGUAUUUGAAGUUUGUGCCAAAGUUCCUGCUUGGGCUUCACAGGUUCUGAGGCAGCUCGCUCCAGAUGUUUCCUAUCGUAGUUUAGUUGCACUUGGCAUUGCUAGCAUUCAAGGAUUGGCUGUUGCUUCUUUUGAGAAAGAUGAUGCCGAUCGCCUUCUUUUCUUCUGUACAAGGCAGGGUAAAUAUAUCCAUCCUAACAAUUUUACUCCCAGCAGGCUUCCAAGCUGGUUGAAACCACCUCCUCCUAGUAGAAAGAGAGUUGAACCAUCCCAGGACACAAGUCCUGGUCAUCAUAAUGGUCUCGUGUUUGCAAAUCAAGCUACUUCUAGAAGGAUAGACAAAGAAGACAAAAAAACUGGAUUAGUGAAUGGUGUGACCAUGCCUCUACUACCUGCUCGGCAGAGACUGAAAGUUGCUGCAAUGAGGCCUAUUCCUCAUAUUCGUCACCAUAAAAUGUUGCCCUUUUCUGGAAUUUCUGAGGCAGAUGGGCAUGAUGGAGGCCAAGUUAAGGCUAACUUGUCAGUGCCCCCCCCUACGAAGCAUAGUAUUGUAGGAUCAACUUCUGCAAUGCAUCGAAAAUCAUUUUCAAGCUCAUAUCAAGCAAAGCAGAUAAUUUCCUUGAAUCCCCUGCCUUUGAAGAAACAUGGUUGUGGCAGAAGCCCUAUACGGGUUUGCUCUGAGGAGGAGUUUCUAAAGGAUGUGAUGCAGUUUUUAAACCUUCGUGGACACACUCGUCUCAUUCCUCAAGGAGGACUUGCCGAGUUCCCUGAUGCUAUUCUCAAUGCAAAGCGUCUUGACCUCUAUAACUUGUAUAGGGAGGUGGUUUCAAGAGGUGGCUUUCAUGUUGGCAAUGGCAUCAACUGGAAAGGACAGGUGUUCUCCAAGAUGCGCAAUCACACGGUCACUAACCGAAUGACUGGUGUCGGGAAUACACUGAAGAGACAUUAUGAAACUUACCUUUUAGAAUAUGAAUUAGCACAUGACGAUGUAGAUGGAGAGUGCUGCUUGUUGUGUCACAGUAGUGCAGCAGGGGAUUGGGUGAACUGUGGCAUUUGUGGUGAGUGGGCCCACUUUGGCUGUGAUAGAAGGCAGGGCCUUGGUGCCUUCAAGGAUUAUGCAAAAACAGAUGGGCUAGAAUACAUUUGUCCACAAUGCAGCGUUACAAAUUUUAAGAAGAAAGCGAAUAAAGCCCCAAAUGGUUUCUCCUGAGGUUUAGCAGUAUCAUGACUAGUGUGAUCUAUAUCUCUGUUAGAUUUAAUUUUCUCACAUUUUACACAUGAGAAAAUUUGUUAAUCCGUUCAGCCACUCCGGUUGGCAUGUAUUAUUAAGUUACCAUCAUUUUGCAUUAGAGUUGGUUCACAAAAUGGGGAAGCAAGAGAUCAGUAACACAAACAAUGUGGAGAAAUGAAGUUCCCAGGCUUUUUUCUUUUCAUUUUUCCUUUUUUAUUUUCUUGGGGUAGAGGUGAGGGUUCGAGAGGAGAGGUCAGUUUUCAAGGGAGCGGGGAGAGGAGGAAUGGAAUGCCCUUAUCAAGGUCCUUGUAAGACAUUUCUCCAAAUAGACAUUUAUAGCUGAUGUAGUUUAAUGAAAGUUAAUUAUUGGAAAAUAUUUUACUUGUUUUGUCAUAUGUAUUCAUCUGUAGUUCAAAAACUCAUCUGCAAGAAGCAUUCACCUGAAUCAUCCACCAAGGCAAUUUCAUACUGUGAUGCAACCAUCUAUGUUCAGUGGUGUAGAGUGAUAUCUUGUGGUCCUCUUCUUCUCUGUAUCACCCCUGUAUCCUCCACCUUUAACUCAUGGAAAAUGACAAGCAUCCUCCUUCAUUGCAUGUACUGUGUUGUUGGCAGCAUUAUAACUCUGUACUUGGGUUUCCCUUGCUGUUUUCUCAUCCAUUGCUUUGUCCAGAAAUUUACGCAGUAUAUAAUUCUCUGCUGUCACUCAACUUUUGGUGUUUUUGUACUAAUAGCUAGAAGCAAUUUAUUCUAGUUGUCAUUGAUUA